AUGGAUUGGCGAGAAGUGCCUGGUAUUUCAGAAUCACAUGAGGUCACUAAUGUAAAUACCAAUGAAAAGCAAAUAUCUAAAGUUUACAGAUCAAACAAAAGUCAACGCCGCAUGGAAUGCGCGAUAAAACAACGUACUGGUUCACAACACACAUCAAGUUCUCCAGGUUUAAUAAUACCCAAUAUACCAAUGGAUUCAAUUGCCAGCGAUAUCGAUAUAAUUGAAAGUGAUACCACAGAAACUUCAAUUACGGGUAGCGAGACGACCAGUGCCGAUAAUAUACCAAUCCCAAUACGACAUGAAGUUGAAAUAUAA